AUGGCUGAUGACGUCACUACACUUAGCUAUGGAGAAACAACUACUACAGAACAAGCGCCUUGGAAAACAGACAUAUAUUUACAACAUGUUGGACGUCAGCAACUAUAUGACGAAUAUAUUGAAAUAAUGGUUCAAUAUGGUUUUAUUGCAAUGUUUUCAAUAGCUUUACCAAUAGCACCAUUUUUAGCUAUGGUUAAUAAUUUAUUUGAAAUUCGUACAGAUGCAAUAAAACUUUUAUUUGAAUUGCGUCGACCUAUUGGUGAACUUGUAUAUACACUUGGUAUAUGGGAAAAAAUUUUUGAUGCUUUAUCAAAAAUUGCUAUUCUAACUAAUAUACUUUAUUUAUUAAUAACAUGUGAUUUAAUAUCGAAAUUAUUCUAUAUUUAUAUUGAAAAUAAAAUUAGUUUAAAUGAUUAUCUUAAUUAUACAUUAUCAUAUUUAUAUAUCAAUGAUUUAGAUGAUCAAGAUGAAAUUUUUGAAGGAAAACAAUUAAAUAUUACAUAUUGUCGUUAUCGAGAUUUCAGAUACGAUUAUAAUUCACCAUAUAAAUAUCAACCAACAGCAAUUUAUUAUCAAAUUCGAAUUAUACAAUGGUUAUCUAUAUUUUUCUUUAUUAUAAUUACAAUUAUAAUUUACUAG